AUGACAGAACCCACGCCCAAAUUGGUAUCGGAGACCUCGCCUCUUAUUGGCACAUCACAAAAUGCUCCGGCGGAAUCGCAUAUUACUGCCGGUCAGCAUCCGGAAGAGGAAAUAACGAUUCCUGAAAAUGUUUGGUAUAUAGUUGCUUCCUUAUGGACGAGUUCAUUCCUUUCGGCCGCAGAUACGACGAUUGUCUCGACGACGGCCAACACAAUUGCGUCUGCAAUGAAUGGUUCCGACAAGAUCACGUGGAUUGCUACAAGUUAUCUUCUCACAAAUGCGAUUUUCCAACCGCUAGUCGGUAAAAUAAGCGAUGUGUACGGAAGAAGAACCACACUACUCUGUGCACAGUUUUGGUUUAUAAUCGGGUGUUUUUUUUGUGCCAUAUCACGCACAGUGACGGACUUUGCCAUUGCCAGAGCUCUUGCCGGUAUUGGUGGAGGUGGAAUGUCCGCCUUAAGUUCUAUUAUUGUUACAGAUGUCAUUCCACUUCGCUUACGAGGCAUGUUUCAGGGCUAUGCGAACCUUGUUUACGGUACAGGCCAGUUCCUGGGACCCGUUAUUGGAAGUAUCUUCAUCACCUGGAGUGAGAAAUCCGGCUGGAGGUGGAUGUUUGGCAUCCAAGUGCCUCUUGUUUUGUGCACAAGCUUUCUGGUUUUCAAAAACGUUCAUGAGUUCCGUUUUAAUGGUGAAGAGCUCAUGAAGAACCGUUUCAAGCGCGGGAACAUCCGCCGGAUCGAUCUCCCGGGCUCCUUUUUACUUGCAUGCUUUAUCGUUUCGAUAUUAACGCUUUUUUCGGCAACAAGCAAGCUUCAGGUCCAUUUGUCGCUUGCGGGUGCCUUUUUCAGCUUGCUUGCCUUCUUUCUCGUGGAGAAAUUCAUUGUGGAGGAGCAUAUUAUCCCACCAGCCGCAUUCCGUGGAAUUUUACGUGUGGCAGCUUUAGUUGCACUGUUUGGAACUAUGGCAGUGUACUCGUUGAACUUCAUUAUUCCACUCUAUAUUCAGAUAGUGCACGAUUUCAGCUCGCUCCAGGUCGGUAUAUUUAAUGCUUUUGGUGUCUUUGCAAGUGCACUGGGCUCCAUGAUAGCCGGAUGGUGCCUAAAGGAGAAAAAACACACCCGUGCCGACGUUGUUGUCAAAAAGGCUGUUAAUGUUUCCAUUGCAAGCUGCCUUGCACUCUGUGCGGGCACUUUUGUCUGUAUGUUCAUCAUGAGGACUUUGAAGCCAACCUUGUUUAGAAAAGAUAUCAACUACUUGAAAAUAGCGUUUUUGGUCUUUGGAUUUACGCUUGAAAGUGUCGGUUAUGGCUCUUUCUUGGUCUCUCUUCUCAUUCUAGUAGUGGGGGAGGUUGGUGUUAGCCAUCAGGCCACAGUUACAGGCAUGAACUACAUGUUUAGAUCAAUGGGUUCAGUCAGUGGUGUUGGCAUUUCGCUUGGUGUCUACAACAUGAUACUUUACAAGGAGUUGUAUCAUUACUUUAUCGUGAAAGGCAAGGCAAACGGCAAGGAGAUCCUCUCGAAACUCUUCAACAACUCUUUCUACAUCCGGUCUGGUCUUCCAUCCAUUUACGUACAUAAAGUGCUUAAAAUCUACCGUACAUCUUUGGGUGACUCCUCGACAAUGGUGUUCAUGAUGGGUUGUACAGCUUUGAUAUUGAGUUUAUUGAUGAGGCUUUACAAGGUCGGCCCGAGACGGCACACGUCGAUCGCCUAG